AUGGGUCAAAUACCAGAACAAAUUCACCAUCAACUUCACACUGAUGAUGAACAAGAAUCAGAGGAAGAAGAAGAACAAGAACUAUCCUCAAACACACUGAAAUGGAAGAAGCACUACUCAUCAAAGCAUAAAAUACUCUUUGUUGGAGAGGGUGAUUUCUCUUUCUCUCUUUGUUUAGCUAGAGCUUUUGGUUCUGCACACAACCUCGUCGCAACUUCUCUUGAUUCUCAGGAGAAAAUUGAAAAGAAGUAUGGUAAUGGAGUGAGUAAUGCAAGGGAACUUGAAGAAAGGGGUUGUAUUGUUCUUUAUGAUGUUGAUGUUAAGGUUAUGAGUCAGCAUUUCUUUCUCAAGACUCAGAGGUUUGAUCGCAUUGUUUAUAAUUUUCCUCAUGUUGGCUUCCUUUACCCUGAGAAUAGCUACUGCCAGAUUCAGUUGAACAAAAAGUUGUUGAAGGGAUUUAUGGCAAAUGCAAAAGCACUAUUAAAGAAAGAGGGAGGAGAGAUACAUGUAACUCACAAAGAAGGUGAUCCAUACAACAAGUGGGAUCUUGUAAGGAAAGCAGAAAAGAGAGGACUGUUGUUGCACCAAGCUGUUCCAUUUUUCAAAGAUGACUAUCCUGGUUAUGACAACAAGAGAGCUCAUGGAAAGUUAUCAGACUUAUCUUUCCCAGUUGGGGAGGCUAAUACUUACAAGUUCAAGCUCCAAACAUUCCCAACAAAAUCAGAACACUUCUAA